GCAGGUGCGGAGAGGCAGAACCACCACACACACACGCGCGCACUCUCACUCUCCUGCCGUACGCGCUCUCUAGUCAGGAGUAGCAGAAGAUGUCGUCGGUCAGUGCCCGCGCUCCCGUGGCCGCUCUCCGGCCGGCGGCGUCAGCGUCGAGCCCCCGGUUCCUGGGCGACUCCGGCCGCGUCGGGCUCGCCAAGUCCACCCGCCGCGACGUCGCCGUCCAGGCCAAGGGGUCCUGGCUCCCCGGCCUCCAGUCCCCUGCCUACCUCGACGGCAGUCUGGCGGGUGACAAUGGUUUUGACCCGCUGGCGCUGGCGGAGGACCCGGAGGACCUGCGGUGGUUCGUGCAGGCGGAGCUGGUGAACGGGCGGUGGGCGAUGCUGGGGGUGGCGGGGAUGCUGAUCCCGGAGGUGCUGACCAAGGCGGGGCUGCUGAACGCGCCCGAGUGGUACGACGCCGGCAAGGAGACCUACUUCGCCUCCUCCUCCACGCUCUUCGUCAUCGAGUUCAUCCUCUUCCACUACGUCGAGAUCCGGCGGUGGCAGGACAUCAAGAACCCGGGCUCCGUCAACCAGGACCCCAUCUUCAAGAGCUACAGCCUCCCGCCCCACGAGUGCGGCUACCCCGGCAGCGUCUUCAACCCCCUCAACUUCGCCCCCACCCUCGAGAACAAGGAGAAGGAGCUCGCCAACGGGAGACUGGCCAUGCUGGCGUUCCUGGGGUUCCUGGUGCAGCACAACGUGACCGGGAAGGGGCCGUUCGAGAACCUGCAGCAGCACCUGGCCGACCCAUGGCACAACACCAUCAUCCAGACCAUCUCCGGCCAAUAAAUCCGUCGAUUUCACCGACCAAGGAGGUUUCAGGUGGUCUGAAUUAUUAUUUUGGGGUGCUGAGGAUGUACAAAGUGUGGAGGAGUAGGUGGCAGUGCAAAAACGUGUUGUAAUCUUAAAGUUCCGGUGGUGAAACUUUGUCCUUGUGGAUUCGCCCAUGGCUUCCGACGGAGGCUGUACUUGUAAUAUCACCCAUGCGUGUUAUUUUAAAACAUGGCAAAACAUACUACUAGUUUGAAGCAUUA